AUGCCCGAACCCGUUGCUUGUUUCAUUAAAUGUAAUCUAUCUAUCUAUCUAUCUAUCUAUCUAUCUAUCUAUCUAUCUAUCUAUCUAUCUAUCUAUUUGCAUUUUCUCCUCUUUAUUUGGCGUACAACGUCUCUCUUUCUUGUUUUCUUCCUUGGAAUUAAUCUUUCGUUAUUUGGCACGCGUUUUCGCAUUUUUCUUUCAGACCUGAAUAAAAGGAACCGCCUUUUUCACAUAUUUUUUUCCUUUAUCUCGUCUCUCACUGGGUUGGCUUUAGUUUGGCUUUUCAGGCUAAUUUCAUUAUUAUUCCAUCAUUCCAUUUAUCCUUCAUCCCAUCAUUCCGUAAUUCCAUCAUUCCAUUCCAUUUAUCCAUUAAUCCAUCAUUACAUCAUUCCAUCCAAUUAUCCAUUCCAUUAUGCCAUUAUUCCAUCAUUCCAUACAUCCGUCAUGCUAUUAUUCCAUCAUUCCAAUAUCCCAUCACUUCAUUCCAUUCCUUCAUCAUUCCAUCACUACAUCAUUCCAUCGAUUUAUCUAUUUCAUCAUUUCAUUAUGCUAUUAUUCCAUCAUUUGGUCAUUCCAUUAUUCCAUCAUUUCAUUCAAUUUAUACAUCAUUCUAUCACUACAUCAUUCCAUCAUGCCAUUAUUCCAUCAUUCCAUUUAUUUCAUUCCCUUUCAUUUAUCCAUAACUCCAUUCAUUCAGUUAUUCCUGCAAUCCACCAAUCCAUUAAUCCAUCCCACAGGACUUUUUGA